AUGAACAACGACUCAUUCCACUACUUUUCGCAGCUGCCUCUAGAACUACGCCGUCUCAUCUGGACGCACUGCCUACCGCAUCGUAUAGCAGAAGAAGACACCCCCGACUUCCUUCUCGACGGCAACGAAUCGCGUCAAGCCUGCUGGGCCGACCGCAUAACGUACCAAAACGCUCAGCCGCCAGCCAUCGCAUUCGUCACCAGCGAGUCGCGGCAAGUUGCGCUAGAAGAGGGACGCUGGUUGGACCUGCAAGAGACGACGAGCCUGGAGUCGAUCUGGGUGCAGCCGCGUCGGGAUGUGCUGCAUCUCAACUGGACGCGACUGCGCUACAAUGUCUGGGGAAACGCUGACGACCCUUCGAGUCCGAUCGCCAUGUUCCUGUGGCGGGCGGAGGAUCUGGGGAUGCAGCCGUCUGUCGUGGCGGAGAUCAUUCACCCGUUUAGCUUGAAGGCGCUGCUGGAUGGCGCGGAUGCGUCCAACAGCCCGUGGCUUCUCUAUCACAACGGAAGAAAUAACGACGUGGCCGACAUUGCGUAUUGCGCAGAAAGUCAAAGCAGGCUCGACAUCGCCAUGGCGGCGGUUUCUCUGCAUAUCCCCAGGGAAGCGGCUCUGAGGUCUGGCCUGUUCGGGUUGUUGGGCGAUGCCCCUGUUCAGAUGGUGGAUGUGGGCGACGAGGCUCGGUUGAGGGAAUUCCAAGCGUUAUUCAGGGAACACGCAUCGGAAAAGGAACCGGCCGUGCAGACGCUCUUCGAAGCCUUUACCAGUUCUCGAUUCCAGACGGCCGUGGAAGCAUGGAAACGACAAGCGGAAUGGAUCCUCCUCGCGUACAUGUGGCAGCGAGCACGAAUGGACAACGUCGACAUUCUUGGGACGGACCCGGGCUCCGCGUGGGUCCCUUACCUCUCGGAGCAAGAGUUCCUCAGGAUGUCCGAGUAUUUGCCCGAUGAGGAGCAUCCAUGGGUCAAGCAAGCGAGGCAGAGCGCCCCCAAGCUGCGGCCGCGGAUCAUGGUGCGAUAUUGUACGAAUGCGUGUUACAUAAAAGAGCGACUUCCAAAGAAUUUUGGGACUUAUUAA